AUGCUUAUCCAAAUAGGACGAUUUAUUACUAUUGUUCAGCGAACACAGAUCUAUGUUUCAGCCCUUCAGUUAUUUCUCACUCCUCUUGGUCCCGAUGGCGUACGAAUUCUUCCCUUCUUCUAUCUGAGUAUGUACAAUGCUCCGGCACUUGUAUCGGCUACAUUGAACCUUUGUGGAUUUUUGACUAUCAUGUUCGUCUUUCAAGAAAUCUAUCUCGAUAACAAGACUACUGCGGAAAGUGGCAGCAGCGAUGAUUCCAAGCCGAGUAUGAUUGCAGCAUCCAUAUGUGUAUUGACUCGAUUCAUUCAGAUAUUUUCCACGAAUACUCUCGAAACGAUAGGAUCUGCCUUUUCAAUGCUCAUGUUUUCUUUCAAUAAAGAAGAAUCGGUUACUGCCAAUGCAUCUGCUCACCUUGCUGCUGGCAUUAUUGGCGCUAUACUGUACUUCUUGUUCAUAUUUUUCGAUUUGACGAAAUUGUAAGU